CGGAAGGGUUUUAGGGUUUUACGCUGGCCUGUCAACUCGCACGGGCGAUCUUUGUAUCGGCACAGCCCCCACUCGAUUCCAGUCGACGCAGCAAUAGGAACAAGGCAUAAAAAAAGGAGGAAAGAGAAGGAGAAGAAGGGCGGAGGCGGCGUCGCACGCCGCACCGGUCCGUGGAGGCUGGGCCCCUGGAGGACGGGCGGAGCCGCCGAGGCGCCGGAGCUGGGAACGUGGGAAGGCAGGACGCUGGUCCAAAGGGCAGUAGCCAGGGCCAGGGCCAGGAGGUGGCGGGCAGGCGGUGCUGGGAGAGUUCUUGAUUGGGCUGUGUGGAAGGCCUGGAAAUUUUAUAAUCAGAAACUUCUCAAGCCUUAAGAGCUGAGGCAUGGAGGACGACGAAAACAUUGAGGGAGAACUGUUGCUUGUGGAGUCACAACUCCAUGACAUCCAAGGUCAAAUUAAAACAUUACUUGAUCGCCAAGAGGAGUUGUAUGAGCGCCAGUCGCAGUUAAAGGCUUUGUUGGAAAUAUCUAAGGCAUCUGGAAAUACAAAAAUCAAUGCAUCUUCAGUUGCUCUGGAAGAUUGGUCUGGGAGCUUCCCAUGGGAUUCUCAGGCUGAUGAUAUCCGAUUCAAUGUAUUUGGCAUCACCUCCUACCGAUCAAAUCAACGAGAAAUAAUUAACGCAGUCAUGAGUGGAAGAGAUGUCCUGGUCAUAAUGGCUGCUGGUGGUGGGAAGAGCCUAUGUUACCAACUCCCAGCUGUACUUCGUGAUGGAAUUGCACUGGUUGUCAGCCCUUUACUUUCCCUUAUCCAGGACCAGGUCAUGGGACUGGCAGCUUUAGGUAUACCAUCAUACAUGCUAACUUCAACUACCAACAAGGAAGUUGAGAAGUUCAUCUACAAGGCACUUGAUAAAGGUGAAGGCGAACUGAAGAUAUUAUACGUGACGCCUGAAAAGAUAUCGAAAAGUAAAAGGUUCAUGUCUAAGCUUGAGAAAUGCCAUCAUGCUGGACGUCUUUCUCUCGUUGCAAUAGAUGAAGCACACUGCUGUAGCCAAUGGGGCCACGAUUUUCGUCCAGACUACAAGAAUCUUGGCAUUUUGAAGAUCCAGUUUCCCAGUGUUCCCGUGAUAUCUCUAACUGCAACUGCAACAAGUAAAGUCCAAUCAGAUUUGAUAGAGAUGCUUCAUAUCCCAGGAUGUGUCAAGUUUGUCAGCACAGUUAACAGGCCCAACCUGUUUUAUAAGGUGUAUGAGAAAUCAUCCGUUGGAAAGGUCGUUAUUGAUGAGAUGGCAAGUUUUAUAAGUGAAGCAUACCCAAAUAAUGAAUCUGGAAUUGUGUAUUGCUUUUCAAGGAAGGAAUGUGAACAGGUUGCAAAAGAAUUGCGCGAUAGGGGUAUUUUAGCAGAUUAUUAUCAUGCCGAUAUGGAUAUUGUUGCACGUGAGAAAAUCCAUACGUGUUGGAGCAAAGGUAAAUCACAGGUCAUCGUUGGAACAGUGGCGUUUGGAAUGGGAAUCAACAAACCAGAUGUUAGAUUUGUGAUUCAUCAUAGCCUUAGCAAGUCUAUGGAGACAUACUACCAGGAGAGUGGUCGGGCAGGGCGGGAUGGAUUACCUUCAGAAUGUGUUUUGUAUUAUCGGCCUGGUGAUGUUCCGAGGCAGAGUUCAAUGGUCUUCUACGAAAACUGCGGUCUGCAAAAUCUUUAUGACAUUGUACGAUACUGUCAGUCUAAGAAGAGUUGUCGCCGUGGUGCUUUCUUUCAACAUUUUGGAGAGGCUCUGCAGGACUGCAAUGGAAUGUGUGACAAUUGUGCUUCUAGUAUUGAGCUCAAGGAUAUAGAUGCCACCUACCAUACCAAAGUUAUAGUUUCACUUCUACACGACAUGCAACUUAAUGACCAAAGAGCUACACUGUUGCAGCUGGUGGAUAAGUUCAAGGCAAAGUGGAAACAUUUAGAUGAUAAUGUUCAAGCAGGUGGUUCCAAUCAAGCUGUUGAUCUUAAAAGAGAAGAAAUUGAGCAGUUGAUAGUUCACCUGAUACUCGAUCAUGUUUUGAAAGAGGAAUUUCAGCAUACAGCAUAUUCGACCAACGCGUAUGUUACCUUAGGACCACUGUGGAAGCCAGCAAUGCAAGGGAACAGACUGGUGAAGCUUGACGUUGCUGUUCCCUCUCAAGAUAGAGGUGGUAGAUCCAAAGGCACAAAACUCGUUCGGAUGAGCAAUUUGGAAGCUGAACUUGAUGAACUGCGUAGAGAGCUGUCGUCCAGUAACGGGGGCAUAUUCCCCCAUGCAGUUCUUUCGGCGCAGCAAAUUUCUCUCCUGAGCUGCCAAAAACCAACCACUGUGGCUGAGCUAGAGAAGGUUAUAGGGAAGGUGAAGACAAAGAAGUACGGCACCAGGAUCAUUGAGCUGAUGCGGUCCCAUAUCAAUCGAGGAACUGACGGAGCUGAAGCUGGAGCCAAAAAGAGGCGAAGGACGGAUAAGGAUGUUGUUUGUGUCGAGAGUAGCGAGGAAGAGUAGCAUUAGAAUGGCAAGAUGAUAGAUGCCUUGUAAGUGUUGGAACACUGAAUUUGAGCAAGUGCAUACAUACAGACAUGGGACGUUCUUGCAUCUUGUGUGUGACAAAUCACAAAUGAGGUAGUCUUGUUCCAAUCAAAAUUGAUUGUUGCGAGUGGUUGGAUA